AUGACCAUUCCGUUGCAUUUGGGCGUCACCGAUGUGCCCAGUGUCAAAGAAAUACUUGGAUUCGGGUUUCAGGUCAGUUUUUUUGAUAUUUUGAGGCAAUUUGUUCACAAUUACUACCGUAACCCGUAAACGAAAAAAUGACUGUCAGUUUCAAGUGAUCCUGAAAUUGAGAUCCUCAAUUCUGUCAUGUUUGUAUAUCAAACUUGUUGAGUAUUGAGUAUGUUGGACAAUACCAUUAAUUCAAGUCUAUAUAUCUCAGCUGCCUGUAAAGAUAUGAAAAACUUGUCAACUAAGAAAUUAUUCAUUUGGAAAUUGUGCACAUUUCAUCAGUUGACAACUUUUCGAUACCUCUACCGGCAGCUGAGAUAUAUCGCCUUAAAGGAAGUGUCCUCAAAAAGUACUCUUUUUCUGCCCGUUCGGACAGCCACACUUCCCCGGUAGAGAUUAUUGAAAAGCAAUGAAAACGGGCGUCGAAAUUUGAAUAAUCCUCUUGUUUGCCACAAACCGUUUCGAUGGGUUUUUGAACAAACUCGGAAUGUUUCAAAAGGGAACAAAAGAGUGCAAUUUGUGAUGAGUUCAGCAAGCGAUGCUGUGCAUGUCCGGCCUUCUCGUCUACCCGUUCCUCAUCUCGAACUGCGCGUGUGCCGGAGCAGCGGCCGUUCAGCUCCGCGUCCAAUUGAUAUCGGCCACUUUUGUGUCGUGCGGAAUCGCCACCAUUCUACAGACUACAUUCGGCUUGAGGUGUGUUCAUAAUUGCAUUGUUUUUUUUUCUUCAUUGCACCAGAAACGAAUGCAUACUGUACAUAACGAAUCUUGUCAAGUUUGUGAAGCGCAAAAACCAAUUUUCAGAUUAUCAGUGCUUCACGGCCCCGCAAUGGCCUUUCUGCCGCCGUUAUUGGCCUACAAGCAACAGAAUCUGUGCCCGUACACGGAGCACGACGACGUGCCGCCCGAAUUCUGGAUGGGACGGAUGAGAGAGGUGCACUCACUCGGCGAUUUUUCCAUUCACAAAUUCCUGCUUUGAAACUGAAACCUAGUUGUGUGGCCUAGAAACAUCUUUUUUGACAUUUUUUGACGCUUGGAACAUGAUCAAGUUCAAUCAAACUCAUUGGGGAAGUCCUCUGGUUAUGAUGAUGCUGUGAAACAUGGGCAACAUUCUCAGAACGAUUCUCUAAUCCAAGAGACUUCCACACUAGAGUUGAGCGGAAGAACUCACGGAAGAAUUUUUUUUAUCUUUUUUAGAAAAUGUUUUCAUGGAAUGUGAUCAACUGACGAAAUGUAUAGCAAAGUGAACUGUGCUCAUGGAAAAAUAAUUGUAAAUUUAGCUUUUCAUACAAAAAAGUUAUUCAAGUUCCGUCUUCCGUUCGCCCCCUUUUUUCACGCAACAACUCGAAUAACUUUUUUGUAUGAAAAGUUAAAUUUACAAUUAUUUUUCUAUGAGCACAGUUCACUUUGCUAUACAUUUCGUCAGUUGAUCGCAUUCCAUGAAAAAAAUUUCUAAAAAAGAUAAAAAUUCUUCCGUUGAGUUCUUCCGCUCAACUCUGUUCCACACUCGUUCAAACUGUAACUAUUCGACAGUCCCUCACUUCGCCAAGUUCUAAAAUCGAAAUGGAUGAUUUGUUCAGAUCCAAGGAAGCCUCCUGGCCGCCUGUCUCGUCUUCGUCCUCGUCGGAAUGAGCGGAAUCGCGGGCCAUCUGUCCAACCUGAUCGGUCCGAUCACCAUCGUUCCGUUGAUGCUCCUGCUCACCUCUUCCAUUGUCCCGACAAUUGAGGAGAAGCUCUCUCUGCACUGGAUCUCUUUGGUGUCAGUCUCAAUUCCUACUCUAUUUCUCCAAUCUUUGCUUUCAGUAUGCUCUUGGUCGUUGUUUUGAUGGCUGUCUAUCUUGAGAAUACCCGUAUCCCUAUCUAUUAUUACAGUCGUCAGAAGAAGCAGAUGGUCUCCACAAGGAUUCGGUUGUUCGGACAGUUUCCAGUGAGUACCCUAGUCUUGUGUUGUGAUCUACCGUAAUCCGUGAUUUCUACAGUAUCUGCUCAGUAUGCUCCUCGUCUGGUUCAUCUGUUUUAUCAUGACUAUCACCGACCUGGAGCCCUACAACGGAGCAGCCAGGACCGAUAACAAUGUGACGAUGAUGGUGCUGAGGGAGUCGCCGUGGUUCCAAGUCCCUCUGCCACGUAAGUGUAAUCAAAGGUGAUCCAGUCCCCUUACAAUCCCGUGCUGCAGUCCCGUUCGGCACUCCGACCAUCGGCGCCGGCAUCUUCUUCGGCUACCUGGCCUCUUGCUUCGCCUCGAUCAUCGAGAACAUCGGCAGCUACGAUCUGCUCGCCCGGACGAGCCACCAGAAACCGCCGCCAAAGGACGCGGUGAACCGGGCGAUCGCAGUCGAGGGCAUCGGAUCGCUUCUCGCGGCGCUCGUCGGAGUGAGCAGCGGCGUGACGACGUACGCGGAGAACAUCGCGCUCAUCCACAUCACAAAAGUGGCGAGUCGGACGACGAUGCAGUUCGCCGGCGUCGUCCUCAUUCUGCUCGGCCUCUUCUCCAAGUUCGCCGCGAUUCUCGCCUCGAUUCCCGAUGCGCUCGUCGGCGGAAUCCUCACGAUGGGCAUCUCGAUGAUCGGCGGCGUCGCGUUGAGUAAUCUCCAGGUACGCGUGUCUUUUCGACAACAAUUCGCACAUUUUUCCAUAAUUACUUUGAUACGAGAAGAAAAAGCAGCCUUAAAGGAAUCAACGCAUGCUUACUUUUCAGUAAAUAAGAGCUUUUUGAAACGGAAAAGCGUUUCUGUUUAUGACUUACUUCCAAGUUGAACUAAAUCUCACAAAUUGUCACGUUUUUGCGCAGAAAUUGAGCUAUUUCGCUAAAAGUACGAUAGAGCGCGCUUUCCAGUUAUUGAACGAGUUCAAGCUCACUCACUUUUCCAGAUGAUCGACUUGAAACUGUGCCGUAACCUGUCGAUAAUGGGCCUCUCGCUGCUGCUCGGUCUCAUCGUCCCUCUUCACUUUGAAAAGCAUCCGUUGAACACGGGAAACGUGGAGUUUGACAAUAUUCUGAAUAUGUUGCUCAACAUCAAGAUGCUCGUCGGCGGCCUCGUCGCCACUUUCCUCGACAACACCGUUUCGGGGGCGAGCCGCGAGCAACGUGGCUUCCGCGAUCACCUUCUCGCUCCGUCCACGUCUUCUUCCGAAUCCGACUUCUCCUCGGACGCGUGUUCGGUGGAGAGCGACGCCUACGCAUUCCCCGACUCGUGCCAGCGCCUCCUACGCGCCGUCCCACUCCUUCAAAAGCUGCCAAUCCUGCCAACACUCAAAAAAUCUCACUUCAAAUCGAAUCGGGUCUAA